AUGUUCCAAGAAUUACCUAAAUUAUCUGACCGUUAUCAAGCAGCAAAAGAUGCAGGGUUUCGCUAUGUUGAAUGUACGUUUCCCUACGACGAGCCGGUCGAAGUGUUAAAAGCAGCCAAAGAAAAGGCAGGGGUCGAACAAGUUUUGAUUAACUCGUGGCCAGGUGACCAGAGCCAGGGUCAGCUUGGUUUAGCAACACUUUCUUCAAAACAAAAGGAAUUUUGUGAUAAACUGGAGCUGACCAUUGACUAUGCAAAAGCCCUUUCUUGUAAAAAAGUGCAUAUUAUGUCUGGAAAGCAUCCAAAGGUUCCUGAUAAAGCAACAGAAGAAACUUACCUGCAAAACAUAGAAUAUGCAGCCAACCGACUCCAGCAGGAAGACAUUCUUGGAUUGAUUGAAGCAGUAAAUUCAAAGAUCAGUGUCCCUAAUUACUUUUUGGAUAAUCCAAGCAAAGCGUUUGAAUAUGUGCAGAAAAUCAAUCACCCAAAUCUGAAGAUGCAAUUUGAUAUAUUUCAUGUACAAAUCAUGAAUGGUAAUUUGACUGCCAAUCUCAAGAACUGGUUCCCAGCCAUAGGUCAUAUCCAGAUUGCCCAAGCUCCUGAUCGAGGAGAACCACACUCUGAUGGUGAAAUCAACUAUGGUUAUAUUUUUAAACUGCUUGAAUCCUUACAAUAUGAUGGCUUCAUUGGACUAGAAUAUAAACCCACAGGUAGAACUACUGAUGGCUUGACCUGGAUUAAGCAGUUUGGAUUGCAAUUAUAA